AUGCGCUCUAUUCUCGUGUUGACUGUUACUUCAUUGGCCUCCACCCUGGUCAUACCAGAUGGGGACAUGAUAGCAGGUCUCCAGCCUCAGGCACGGCUAGUGGACCAAGGCGAAAGACCUGAUUUGAGUCCGUGGUGGGCCAUUAACCCUCUAGACGACGAGGAGUGCCCCACGAAUUUUGACUGGAGUUCAAAAUCCACCAACUUUGAGCAUUGGAGCAAGAAUAAUUGUCCUUGGGACAACGAAAGCUCUCCUGGAAAGUGGUUCAAAGACGAGCAAUGGCCCGGACAUGACGAGCACCCCGGACGAGACAGAUGGCCCGGUGAUGAUCAUGGACAUGGCGAAUGGCCAGGCCACGGCGACAAACCACAUCACCCUCCCAGGUAUCGACCACACCCAAUCCACGGACCAGGCCACAAACCCGGCCGAUGUCCAGGACCACAAUGCCUCACAGACAAAACAACCUGGGAAGCAAUCCAGCAGAUCGAGCAGACGUCCCGACUAGCCGAGCUAAUCGGCAACGACAAAGACCUAGUUGAGCUUCUGAGCAAGAAUGGAAACUACACGAUUUUCGCACCGACGAACCAAGCUCUCAGACAAUUGAGGCAUAUACCCGAAGACGCGAUCUCUAACUUCCUCCGCUACCAUAUCGUGCCGGGACGAGUUCAUCUGCACGAAUUGGCUUUCCACCAGACUCUGCCGACAGAGCUCAAUGAGACAUCUCUGGGGAAUCUGCCUCAACGCAUUCUCAUUGACCGUGAUGAAGAAGUAUUCCUCAAUCGGAAGAGUAUGGUUCUCAGAGCGGAGAUAGUGACUAACAACGGUGUAAUCCAUACCAUUGAUAGCCCACUGUUCCCGCCACCUGAUACGCGAGCGCUGAUUCCGGAGUAUAGUAUCUUCGCGCAGGCGCUGACACAAGCCAAGCUCAACCACCAUAUGGAUCCAGCUAAUCGUAGCGGAGGUACGACGUUUGUGCCAACGAAUGGGGCGUUCAGGAGGCUUGGCCGCGGUGCGAAUGAGUUCUUGUUCUCGAAGGAGGGAGCGGAUUGCUUGCGGUCCUUGAUUGAGUAUCAUAUUGUGGUGAAUAGGACUCUGUUCCCGGAUGUGUUGUAUACGGAUGGCAAGGCAAAAGAGCUAUUUGCCGAUUCGAGACAUGCGGUUGUUGAGAUGGAGACUGUUGAGGGGAGGGAGGUUCGGGUUGAUGUCGAGGUGAGGAUGCGGGUUAAUGGGUUCAGCAGGGUUGUUGAGAAUCUGUUGGCGAGGGAUGGGUCAGUUUUGAUGCUGGAGAGAGUUUUGAUACCGCCCCGCAAGGUCAAGCAUAAGGGAGGGAAUGAGGAAGAGAAGUGGAAGUUGAGAUUGGUGGAUGAGCUGGACUGUGAUCAUGAGCAUGAGCUCUGA